AUGGUAUUGAAAGACUUUGUGGCUGAGCACAAGGAGGCCAAUUGUGGUGUGGUCCGCAUAGGUCAGAUUGCCGGUCCGGGAAUAGAGCUUGGUGGAAGGAGAAAAGGUACAGGAACUUGGUGGAACCGAAACGAGGUCGUGCCCAGCAUGAUCAGGAGCUCAGCUGCUAUCCAAGCGCUACCAGAUAACCUCCUGGAGAAGGACAAGCUGAGGUGGGUCCCAGUUGAUACCUGCGCUUGUGCGAUCACGGAUAUAGUGCACCAUGGCAAGAAGAAUGACCAAGUAGUAUUCAACAUCACUAAUAUACACUCCGAGGAUACCAGGUGGUCGGGCGACAUCGUGAAUCACCUACAGAAGAAGUUGCAGGUUGGAAAGAAGGACCCAUGCAAGAUCGUGUCGCUACAAGAGUGGUUAAGACUUGUCGACGAAUAUGGUGUUCGUGACGAUAACCCAGCCAUCAAAGUGUUUGACUUUUACGAGAGGCUAUUGACUAGUGAUCCUGAAGGUGGAUUGGCAGGCGUCAUUGAGACAGUGAAGACAAUGGGUGUAUGUGAAAGCUCGAGGAACUUAAGGCCAAUAGAGUGGGAAUUGUUGGAGAGGUGGAUGAAGAGUUGGGGUUUGUGA